UCGCCCGGUAUAACUCGCACCUAGAGCCAUCUGCGUACAGCCUGUACUUGCACCCCUUCGCGCCUUGUGUUAGAUUGUGCCCAGCGUAUUGCAACCUUCCUCCCUGCGUUGCCAGAGUCUUUACUCCUGCAACCUCGCACGUCGUACAGAGCCUUCGCUCCUGCGACUCUGUCUACACAAUCGUACCUGCAUAGGCUGGUUAUCUCCCACACGCUUGCGUGCCAUCGACCGACGCUCCGCAUCAGAAAUCUCUACGCAGCUCCAUGUUUCCGUCCAUGCUUUGGGAGCGCGACAUUUCGCGCCAUGCGCGACAACGGGACUCUAUGUUUCGGUCCAUACUUUGGGAAGGCGAUCAUGAUUCGCUACAUUCAGCGUUGCCUAUCGCCCGCCUCCUUCCCGAGCUCCUGGCCGAAGUCUUUGAGUGGUACAUCCUCCAGGUUUACGAGAUAUACUUCCGCAUAGACAAAGACGAUCCCUCGAGCCUCGAGUUUGCUCCAAACCCAUAUUGCUGGUUCGCGGUUAGGCAUGUCUGUCGACGAUGGCGCCAGAUCGCCCUCGACUACCCAACGCUCUCCAGCUACAUCUGCCUCACUCGUCCUGAAUGUGUUCAGCAUCUCUUGAACGAAUCGGACAAUGUCCCGCUGCAUAUCUACGCAUCAUGGACGUUCCAGCGCAAUUUCCCCGAGUUGUACCAGCUGUCGUGGGCACUGGUGUCCCCUCACAUCACGCGCUUCACCUCCAGCGACGUCAUUGUCAUCGGCAACGGCUUCGAUGCUCGCAAAGAUGGCGACGAAGUUAGCGAUGAGCUGUCCGUACUUCCCAACAUGGAGGCACUGCGCGUCAUAGUCCAGAGUGAACACAGCUUCGAGCAAUCCGAAAACUUCUUUUCAGCUCUGGACUAUCCCAACCUCCGGGUCUGCACUCUCCUCAAUGUGCAUUACCAGCACCUGACAUUCUUCAUGGGCGAAAGGCUUCGCUGUCUUGCGAUAAAUUACCCCCGGCCAUACAACUCGACUGAUACUACGGCUCAGAUUAUCUCGGCUUUGCGCUGCUCACCGAACCUGGAGGAGUUGGCCAUUCAAGGCCUAGGUGACAGGUGGUACCAAAGCAUCACGUUCUCCGAAGAAAACGACCACCUUAUAGUGUCUCCCCCGUGCUGGGAUCUGAGCAAGGUGGCGCUCCCACUCCUGCGCGAACUGCGGCUCACCGCGUCAAGCGGUGAGCAGCUCUUUCAGCUUCUGGACCACAUAAUGUGCCCGCAACCAUCGAUUUUGAAGCUGCAGGCGGAUAAUAUUGCGUGCUCCAGUCGCUCGUGCCCGGGUUCAGGGCUCAACGAACGCAUCAGCGAGCUCAUCGAAGCACAACUCCACGGGCGGGUGGUACAGACAGCAGCACUGACUCUGGGGAAAGCGGAACAAGGUUUCGGACUCGCCAUCUCUGUCAAGCUGUGGUCGGAUGUCCACAGCAUUAUCGAGGAUUCACCAGUCAUCCCGUAUCAGAAGCCCUACUUCGAGCUCUCAGUGGGUGACGUAGUAGACCCAGACUUCGUCAUGAACAUUUUGCAGCGGCUGCCGCUAUCCACUGCCACGGUCGUUUAUCUCGAAGACAUCUGCAGUACACCCAUCACUGUCUUGCGGGAGGUGCUCGCAAUGAUCCCCGGCGUUCGCGAGCUACAGCUGCAGUAUGAAGUCCCACGUUCAAAGAACUUGAAGGCGAACGUUGAGCUUAGUGGCCGGUGGGACAAAGGAUCCAGCCCGCUCGAGCUGUUUGCUCAUCUGCGGAGUGUUCGAGUGGUAACAAGGGAUGUGACUCGGAAGAAGAUAUUGUUCUCGGAACUGGUUGGCUUGGUCGACACGCUAGUGGCUCAUUAUAAAGGCCAGGGAGACACAAAGAUCAGUAUCAGCUUCAGGCAUGCGUAUAGACGUCCUUAAAGUGGACAGUUAGUGGUGCGCCAUUCUCUCCAUGCGGCUGCGCAGACUCGUUCUGAAUGCGCUUGUAUC